AAAAUGUCGGUAUUUUGCCAUGACGUGUUCAAGUAAAGAUACGUGGCGAAAUAAGUUUAUAAAAGAUUUUACAGCCAUAUCUGAAUGUUAUCGUAUUAUAUGAAAAUAACAUGGGUCCUAAUGUUUCACACAAUAAACUACGAACGCACGCAUGUGAUCGGAAAGCAUUAUUUCAAAAAAAUAUCUGUGAACGUAGUGCGCAUACUCUGUGACCGCAUUGUGAACGGAGGGCUUCGCCUAUGUUCUGGUAUAUUCUUACGUAAUGUAGGACGUGUCCUAAAUUGAAGUCAGAAGUACUAGUAUAUUAUUUAUUAUGGCAUCAGAGGAGGUCAUUUAUACUAUUGCAUAUAUGCUAAUAAGUGUAUGUUUAGUUGUCCCUCCGAAUGAAUUCCGUGCUGCGGGAUUGACAAUUCAAAAUAUCUUUUCCGAUUGGUUGGGUAGCGAAGACAUUGAUUUUGUAAGAUAUCACAUCAAGAGAUCGACAGCUACAAUCUUAUUCCACUCGUUUCUUCCUCUAGGUUAUUUACUUGGGUAUGCUUUCUGUUUUUCAAAUUCUGAUUUGCUGCAACCUUGGAAAUUGCAACUAUUUUGGCAGAUAUCAAUCACUGUCUCAAUUCUUCUUCCACUAAUUUCUGGGAUUCUCUCUUACUACUGGUCACAAAAUGACUGGAAAAAACACCCAAUAGCAUUGAGAGCCAGUUACCAUGGUGAUUCGUGGCAGUCAGUAGCAGCAAUAAUAGAUGUAGAAUUUAGAAGGAUUGAUAAAUUUCAAACUGGACCACCAGGGAGGAGAGUAAUCGUGACAGAUUCAUGGAUUUUGCAGACAUCAACAUACUUGAUGGAUAUAGCUAGGCAGGAUGAUGUUCAUUUGAAUACAAUAGAAUCACAGAAUUUUAACUUCACUGAUGAGAGUACGGUUGGUGUACAGUACAUUUCGCUCAAUGUGAUCAGUGUGAAUCCAAAUAUUUCACAGUUUACCAUAAGAAUGAAUGCUACAGAAUAUGGAGAUUUCAAAGCGAAAUUAAGAACGCAAAUUAUAAAUGUUCGCAAUAUCAUUAUACAAGAAACAAUAACAGAAAGAUUCGCAGAAGCCUUUCGACAACAGGUUGUUUCAAACGGGGUUUACCGAUUACCAGCUGGAUCACAGGAACCUGAUAGUUGUAUAGGAUGUAUGCAGGUUCCAGCCAAUAUCAAGUUGACUAAGCUUUGCGAUGACAAUAAUGUAGGCGACUGCGUGUCCUGUAACUGCCGACCAAUGUGGUGUUUAACGUGCAUGAGCAAAUGGUUUGCCAGCCGACAAAGUCAAGACAGUCCACAGAACUGGAUGUCGAGUAAAUCACCAUGUCCAACGUGCCGCUCAAAGUUCUGCAUGUUAGACGUUCGGCUUGUUGCCAUGACCCGGUAUUAAAUAUGUAUUCUAUAAAGAGUGGGAUUAUUAAGCAGUGACUGCAUAAAGAUUUAGAGAGCAGAUCAGCUCAGUCAGCUUAACUGUUGGUAGCCACCGUGUGUGUGCUAAACUGUGGAGAUCUUUUGGUUCUCUCCAGCUCAAUUCCCAACGCUGCUUUCCAUAGUGUUUCUGCUGUAGGACUGAAAUGCAAGUUUCGGUAGCGGGUUUCCUUUUGAAUGAGGCAUUAUCUGUUGGUCCUGUGCACAAUAUGGCCCAUGUGCACAUUGAAGAUUGCAGUACACUCUUCAGAAAAGAAUAGGAGAUUUGUUUCCUGGGGUACUGCCCAAUCACUACCAGAAGGAAGCCACUGGAAAUAAGUCUUCUUCGGACUACGAUCUAAACUGCUAAUUGUAAUACUGCUAGUCAUUGUACAUGAAAUGUUUGUGCUAGAAAUACAGCUAGAAAUACAGAUUAUACAGGUUUACAAUUCAUAAUAGGAGCAUUUGAGCUGCAUGGAAUACAGUAUACAGUAUGUUCAGUCGUUAGCUGUUCUAAAAUGAUCUAAGUAAUGCAAGAAAUUAGAUGAAAAAUAUUAAAUCAAUGCAAAUGGGAAAAAUGUCAAUGGUAAAAAACAGCAAAUAUAUGGGCUAAAAUUUAAUGAAGAUCCAAUAUAUAUCUAGUCCUAUCUGAUAGCGCCAAGGUGUCAAACACGGGUGUGUGGCUAUUGCUGGCUGGUAUUGACUUGGAGUACUAUGACAAUCUUCUGAGCCAAUGUAUGGUUACUCCUGCUAGAUCAUUUAGUUUUAUCAUAAGGAGUAUUAUCAUAUCUGGAUCUGAUUCUGCCUUUCAUGCAAUCAGUUUCUCGUUUUUAAGUAUGGCAUUGAUGUACUCUAGUUGAAGUUGUAUUUCUCUUGUGUAUAUGGAUAGAAAAUUCAGAAAUAAAAGUUGAAUUGAAUUGUAA